AUGUCUCUGUCUGAGGAGCUGUCUGAAGAGGACUCUUGCCGCUGCUGUAUGAGGAUGAGGAGCUGUCGUUGUCGUCCACGGAGACGGAAGAAUACUCUGAGGAAGAAGAGUAUUCCGAAGAGGAGGAAUAAUGGCCAUCUAGUAAGCAACCAUUUAAUGAUGAUGGUUAAGGUAAAAGGAUUUAUGGAAAUCGCUAAGUGUUAUGUUUGGAUCAUGGAUGUCGAAAUGAUUGAUAUCAUCUCGGAAGUGGAAGGCAAUAACAAGCCAAUUGAGAAAGAUAUUGUGCCUAAUAAUCUUAUCAAAGAGGGCUCUAGAAAGAAGAAGUUGACAUCGGAUGAGAUGAAGCUACUCGCUGGGCAGAAAGUGGUGGCGAGACAGGUUGAGGAAUUAGAUAAACUAGUAGCUGAAAUCGAAGGGGCUUCAUCCCGAAAUCGGUCAAUUCCUUUGACGAAAGAUCAAUUGGCCACUCUAAUGGUGGGAACUAGUGGGGUGAAAGAACAAACUUGGGAAGAAUUGAUUGUAGGAAGUGGUAUUGGCAGCGGAAAGACAGCGGAGGAGUCUAGGGUUUAG